UCCUACACUAUCUUUAUACUGCUGGGGCAGCACAGGGCACAUACCUUAAAGUUGUAGCUUGGGGUUCGGCGUGAUGCAGCGUCUGCAAUUGUCUCUUGGGAUUUUACAUGUUUUUAUUUUGUGUCUGUUUACUCUGGGCUGGGGAAGUAGCUCAGCAGAUGCACACUGGAAAAAAAUCCUUGUUCAAAUUGACGAAGCAGUGAAGAACUACAGCCCAUGUGUGAAAGAUAACUGCAAGUGCCAUCAAAGAGUUAGGGAACAAGACUUGGCUCCUUUUCGAGAUGGAAUCUCUGAGGAGUUGCUGUCAGAAGCAAUCAGUCGAAAGCUUGGGACACACUAUCAGAUCAUUGAGAAGAAAUUGUACCGGGAGCACGAUUGCAUGUUCCCUGCAAGAUGUAAUGGAGUUGAGCACUUCAUCCUGGAAAUUAUUCAGAACCUUCCUGAUAUGGAGAUGGUCAUCAAUGUGCGGGACUACCCUCAGGUGCCCGCAUAUAUGAAACCAAGAGUGCCUGUUUUAUCUUUUAGCAAGACUUCAGAAUACUAUGAUAUUAUGUACCCUGCCUGGACAUUUUGGGAAGGGGGACCAGCUGUUUGGCCAAUAUAUCCUACAGGCCUUGGGCGUUGGGACCUAAUGAGAGAAAACCUCCAAAGCUCAGCAGAAAAAUGGCCCUGGAAGAAGAAAAUUUCCAAAGCCUAUUUUCGAGGAUCCAGGACAAGUGCAGAACGGGAUCCCCUCAUUCUUCUUUCUCGAGAGAAUCCAGAUCUUGUUGAUGCAGAGUACACUAAGAACCAAGCUUGGAAAUCUGAAAAAGAUACUCUUGGGAGACCACCUGCAACAGAAGUUCCACUGAUAGACCAUUGUAAAUUCAAAUACCUCUUCAAUUUUCGAGGAGUUGCAGCCAGUUUUCGCUUCAAACACCUUUUCCUGUGUGGUUCUUUGGUCUUCCAUGUUGGAGAAGACUGGCAAGAAUUCUUCUAUCCACAAUUGAAACCCUGGGUUCACUAUAUCCCAGUUCAGUCUGAUCUUUCUAAUGUGAGAGAGCUAUUGGAAUUUGUAAGAGAAAAUGAUGAUGUUGCUCAAAAAAUUUCUGAGAGGGGUCGCCAGUUCAUCAUGGACCACUUGCAAAUGGAGGACAUUUCUUGUUACUGGGAACAACUUCUAAAGGAGUACUCUAGAGCCUUGACUUAUAAAGUAAAACGGAAGAGCAACUAUAAUGAGAUAUUGCCGAGACCUAUGAAAACUGAACUGUAAAAAAACCCCACCUCCAAACAGGAGUUAUGGACAUUUUGAGAUCAGGAAAGGAGGAUUGUUCCUCUAACCAGUGGAAGUUCUUUCUGUGUGUUGACAAACUAAAAAGAGAAGAACUUACUGCAGUGUAUGAAUGACAGACUGAAUUCUAUUUUAUAUUGUGGUCAGUAAAAUUAUGCUAAGAAGAGGGUGAAAAUUUUGCUGAGUUCUAGCAUUUUUAAAAAUUUCUUGAUAAUUGUUACUCAUAUCUACUUACUCACCACAGUGUCAUAUUGACCCUACUUUGUGGGUUAUAAUUGUUAAAUGGAUCAUUAAUCUAUUAAUGAAAUCAUCCCGAAUUGUUAUGAAAUAUUGCAUUUCAUUUGACUAAUGUACCAAUACAUUCCUGAUACAGUUUAAUUCAUCGAGAAGCCCAUCAUUCUAAAAUAAGCUUCUGGAAAGCUUAUAAUCAAAUGCAAGUAGCCCUCGACUUAAACAACAAUUCGUUUACUCACAGUUCAACAGCACUGAAAAAAGUGACAUGACUCUUUUUCACACUACAACCAUUGCAGCAUCUCCAUGGUCACAUGCUUAGCACUGACUAAUGACAGUUGCAGUGUCCCAGGGUCACAUAAUCACCUUUUGAGAUUUUCUAAUAAGCAACGUCAAUGGGGAAGCCAGAUUCCCUUAGCAACCAUGUUACUAACUUAACAAUAUAGGGGUUCAUUUAACAACUGUGGCAAAAAAGGUCAUAAAAUGGGGCAAAACUCACUUAACAACUGUCUCAUAUAGCAACAGAAAUUUUGGGUUCAAUUGUGUCAUAAAUUAAGGAUUACCUGUAAUUCUUACUUUGACCAGCUCUGGAGGACUGAUCUACUAGCUGUAUUUAAACAAUUUGUAAUAAAUCAUAGGUUUCUCUUCAUACGUACAGGUUUUUUUUCCCAAUUACUGUUUUUAUUAAAUAAUAAUUUGUGAGCGGUAUAUUAGUCAGUAGGGAUACUUUAAUUGUAAUCCCAGAUGUAAAAUACAGUAUCUUUUGCAAAUAGAUUUUUUUUUUUUCUGAGAUGGGGGCUGUACUUGUCUUCACGUUCUCUUUUCUCCAUAUUAAUGGUUGCAACAUUACAAAUGUCCAAAAGAUUAAUCCAAAUUAAAGAAUUAAUCUAUUUCCUA